UUACAGAAUGUCGCUGACAACCUAAUCGGGCUUUCAGGCUUAAGAGAUAUAACUUCUGCCAUCACAGACAACAUUCUUAUCACCAAGUUGGACAUCUCAGGUAAUGAAAUAACAGACGAAGGCGCAAAACUAGUCGCAACUAUGAUUGAGGCGCGAACAGGUCUUCGAGAACUGCGCAUGAAUCACAACUGUAUCCGAGAGGAUGGGGCACUGGCAAUAGGAAAAGCACUCGAAGAGAACGUAUAUCUGCUAUAUUUGGACCUCAGUUGGAAUCACAUACGUUGUAAAGGUGCCGUAGCCAUCGCAAACUGUUUAAAGUCAAACGUGUGUCUUCAAAAACUUGACCUUGCCUGGAACGGCUUUGGCAAGGAAGGAGCCCAGGCUAUGGGACAGGCCCUCGCGGAGAACAGCACCUUGAAGGAGCUGGACCUCACUAACAACCGCAUCAACGCAAACGGCAUGGCUCUCCUCAUGGCGGGACUCAAGUAUAACGAGACUCUAGAGGUGCUGAAGAUUGGACAGAAUCCCUUUAACAGCGACGUGGCCAAACAUUUAUUGAUGAUACUGGAGCAAGCUGAAAAAAGUGCAUUAAUCUUGGUAGAAAUGUCAGACGUCUCGGUGGACGAAGACUUCAUGGCGGUCCUGGAGCGGCUGGCCGCCAAGUCUCACCUGAACGUCAAGCACGGCAAGUUCACCCGGAAGGUACCCGUCAAAGAGUUUCGGCCCCCGAAACCGCCCCCUCGAGACCCGAUAACCAUGAUCUACGACUACAAGUACGAGAGAGGGUACCGGACCCUUGACCUGCUGAUGCAGUUGGACAAGGAUAACAACUUUAUUAUCGAUAGGCAGGAGUUCACUGACGGUCUCGCGCUGAUGGGUAUAGAGGUAGCGGAGGAAGAUAUUGACGACCUAAUGGGCAAACUGGACCACAAUGCAGACGGCAGCAUAGACUACAGGGAGCUGGUAGAAGGCGAGAAAGAGUACGGCCAUCGAGAGGGCCGCCACAUGCAGAUGUCCACCAUCAUGAAGAUCCGGGAGCUCGCUAAGACCAUGAUGCAGUUCAAGUUCAAAGAAGUGGUUGACGCGGCAAAGAACAAGCCGGACGGUGUCGCCGCACAGACUGAACAUGCGCCUAGUGCGGGCAAUGGUGCCGGCGCCAGCGUUAAUGCGGGAGCGGUAAAGACUUCCGGUUCCGGUACUAGAGCGGCGGUCAAGAAGUAACAAGAUGACACAUGGAAAAAAGUGUUGUCAUCAAUAACUAAGCUCAGUUAUAUCAAUUUCAUUUUACUUGAUACAUACAUGUACAGCAUGCAAAUGCUAUGAGGCAUUUUAGAACUAAGUUGAAUGAAAUACCCACGUUACGUAAAGUGUGUGCCAAUGUUUCACAUAUCAUCUUUUCUGACAUCUGAAAUCAUAGGAUAUAUUGUGUUAUAUGUUAACGUGUUUAAUAAGAAAUUGAU